AGAGAGAGAGAGAGAGAGAGAGGAAAAGGCGUUUCCACGUUUCAGCAGCCGGUCACAGAGCUGCGGACUUAAGCGCACGCAGAUUCUCAAAGAGAUCACGACCGAACCCGAACCCAACAUUCCUCCGUUAUCACCCACGAGCUCUGACUGACAGCUGACCUGACCCGUGGCCCCCUUCACGGCAGCGACUCCCACUGACCAAAAGCGACUCCGAUCCAUCAUUCGAACCCCCCCUAAAGUGAACCAGACGAGGUGGGCUUUACUCCACCCGCAACACGUCUGUGCUCCCUGAGGCCGACGCCGACCGAUUCCGAGGACACUAUCAUCCCCACAUCUCUGCCCGUCGGAAGCUGCUUCGUCUUUGCUGCGCCCCGGGACCAUGGCGGAGUACAGCUCUUUGCUCAGCGACCUGUCUGAAAACAUAACCAACGAGGAUCUGGAGCAGCUCAAGUCAGCCUGCAAGGAGGACAUCCCCGAGGACCAGAGCAACAACAUCACCUCCUCUAAGGAGUGGUUCAGCUACCUGGAGAAGAACGACAAGCUGGCCCACGAUAACCUGUCUUACAUCGAGCACAUCUUCGAGAUCUCCCGGCGGCCGGACCUGCUGACCAGGGUGAUAGAGUACCGCACCACUGUGCUCAAGAUCUCGGAGGAUGACGAGAUCGACACCAAGCUAACGCGCAUCCCCUCUGCCAAGAAAUACAAAGACAUCAUCCGACAGCCCUCUGAAGAUGAAAUCAUCAAGUUGGCGCCUCCUCCUAAAAAAGCAUGAGGUCCUAAUCUUUGCACCUUGAUUUCUCCACUCCUGGCACUCAAAUCAACCGAUCAACCAUUUUUCAUCAGCCCUGUUAAUUACUCCCACCCCAGCCUCCCCCACACCACCUGCAGCCAUACAGAUACACACCUACACCCCCCACCAUGCCCACGCCCCGGCCUCCUUAGGUAACACACUCCACAACAUGGGACCAUGCAGUACACCGCCUACAAUGUCGACCAAUCAGAUCGUAGCGACACAGCCUCUUUCCCCAGCUGAGGGGAGGGGGGAUAGAAAGCUGCGGGAAGUAAAGAUACUUCAAGAUAAAAUCUGGAGAUGGACCAAUGUAGUAUGUUUGUGAGGAGAAAACUGACGUCUAUCCUGGAUGCUGAGUGGGUCAGUUCUGAAUGAGUGUGUUUUGUGAUGUUGUGUGUUCAUGUCGUUUAAAAGGUUGUUAAAGAGGAAACAAAAACUAUGUCCGCCCCAUGAUGAAGCAGAGAUUACAAAACCUGCCUCUGAGCAAACUAAAAAUGAAAUGGCUAUAUUCAUUUUCUGAAAAUCGGGAAAACCCUACGGAUUACUUUAGAUAUCAAGUUACAUGAUGUGCAUUGAUACUUCACUGCAACGGACAGAUUUUUGUUGAAGCUAAAGCUAAUUUCUCUAAAUCCAAAUCCAUUGUGCAACAUAGCCAAACUCUUGAAACUAAAUAUCUGGACAAUAUUUAAUGAAAAUACGAGCAUACACUAAAAUAACUAAGUGCUUAAGAUAGCAGACAAUAGUUUCAAGAGAUUACCACUAGGUAAGGAUUGAUUAUAGACAAACAACUAUCUUACACAUCGUCUUUGUUCUUUUCUGUGAAGGUGCUUGUGUUAGCUUGUAGCUAGCGGCAUAAAUAUCCGAGCGUGUUUUUGUGAUAAGAAAAGGAAUAGUCUAGAUGCCAAACUGACUUCUGUCGAUUAGCCAAGAGUUAGCGUUAGCGCUAAAUUGACACAGAAAGCAAGUUGUUUUUGCCUUCCUGUGUCUUUAUAAUAGCUAUCUCCUGUAAGCUGUAGCUACGUUUCCUAAUAUCUGAGUGUGACUCUUGGAAAAUAAGCAUGUCUCAACAAAUCCAACUAUUCCUUAGAACGUCAUGAUGUUCAUAAAGUUACUUGACGCUAAAUGCUAAUGUCAAAUUUAAUCAACCGAACGGUCUGUUCCUCCAAGGCUCCAUGAGCGCUCCCUUUUCUGUAACAUGAUUAAUGAGCUCAUGGUUCAAGACCUAAAACGUGUGGAAUAUUUCAGUGAGACGUCUUUAAAUUGCCGAUAUUUGCCUUUAGCUCGUAGUCACCGCAAGAGUUAUUUAGAGGAGAUAUUUAGCUGUAGCGUUUAUUUCUUCACGACGGAAGAUUUCCUUCUUUAGGGAACCUUUUUAAGUAUUGGGACCAGUCAAAGUGAAUGUUCUUUGUAGGGACAGGUUAGAGAUGUAAAUAAAUAAUAUAUAACAAGAACAUAUAGUAGAACGAAUAUAAUUAUCCACAGUUAAUACCCUUUUGGGCAAACUCUAGCUCUCGCAAGGACUACUGUAUGUUCAGUUAGCUUUUGCUAAAGAGUUUCAACAAAAAUCUUAGCUAAUUUGAAACUAUUUAAUAUCUUAUUUUUUUUGUAAGCAAAGGGAGGUUGGACUACACUAUCCAUGCAUAUGUUUUGGGAGUGUUGGACAUCAUAUGUUGAAUUUUUAUGUUACGUGGCAUGUUUCAAGCCUCUUCGUUGACAUUGUAUUUGUUGCUCAGAAAAUAACUGACCAGCGUACAUUGAAAGACCACUCAAGGUUUCUGAGGGGGGAAAAAAAGAAAAUUUAUUUUAUGUGAUCAUUCAAAUUCUUCACCAAACUGCAUAUUUUGUGAUAGAGAUCCCUAAUGCACGCAAUGGCACAUUAUCAGACUAUGCCAUUUCUGCCAUGCACCUACACAAAGAAAAGCUAGCAGACUGUUGAAUCUAAACUUUAAUGACCACUCUUCUGAACACUGUGUAUCUUUUCUCCCUACGACGAAGCCUUAGCAGAGUUUGCGUUUACCCCAGAAUAAAUUGUCACGACUGUGAGCAGUUAGGCGUGUGAGGAGCAGAGACAGGCGUCAGCACACGCGUUAGGUCAAUCAAAGCAGCUCUCACUUUUAAGGAGAGUGUUGCGACUUUUCUUUUGAGAUGUGCUAAGGACUUCAGAGUUGGUGAGUACAGAAUGUGUGUGGUCUAUUUCUGCACCCGUCUUUGUUGUCCUACAAGCUGUGGGAUUUAAAACCGAGGCAUCAAGAUCUUUCAGAUGUAUGACUAGUUAUUUAACCGAGGACUGACUCCUGCUUGUAUUCCUUUGCCACUAUGCUCCAAUUCAACCCUAGUGCCAAUGACCAAGACUUUUAAUUUAGAUCACGGUUUGUGUGAUCUGUUUUGUUUUCCUUUAUAUAGCUUGAAUUGUAUUGUAUUGCUGGAGAGAUUUGUUUCCUAUGCAUUAAUGUCUGUAAGAAAAAUCUGCACUAACUGCAAUUUUACAGAGCGGAAAUCUUUGUUUGUCCUAAAGCCAGGGUCUUUGAGAUGACCAGGGCUUGUUUGUAUUAAAUUUGCAUGAUCUCUUUGCAGAGUAAAAUUAGGUUUUGGUAAUAGGUACUGACAGUGGACACCUUUUUAGAGAGAGGAAGGCGAAAAAAAAUGGAAACUGGGGUGAAAAUAAACCUUUUAGGACAAAAUGUUUUGACACUGAAUAUAUUAAAUGUACUCCGUUUCAUUGUUUUAGGUUUUGUUCCACCUUAUUGGGCCAAAACAAAAUACAUCAAGAAUUCACAUUUUAUUAACUUACCCUUGAUUAUUGGUAAAACUAAAUCUGUCUUAUUGAUAUCUAAUUCUGAAUAUCAAAUGUUGAUUUAAUUGCGUUAAAUUGAGAAAAUGUUGCCUCACUUUGCAUGUUGAGUAUGACGGAAUAAUAUAGCAUUUGUAUUUAGUAUAUAGUAUUUGUCAUGGUAUUUUGAUGAAUCACAAAGAAACGUAAUCACGAAAAGGCUAAAGUCUCACCUACAAAUAGAUUUCGUUUUGGUGUUAAUCACUGUUAGAACAUCUCUAACCAAGAUCGUUGUGCAUCUUCCUGUUGAAAAAUAAUACAAGCAUCAUAUAACCACCUUUUAAAGUAACCACUGGUAGCUUACUGAACAGUGCUUUAGUUCAGAGGUGGUGAAAACAAAUUGGAAAAGGAUCUAUGGUUGGCACAAAUUGAUGCUUUCUUCUUACAAUGUGUUCUGUUGGGGAAUUUCGAGACCCAAAAAAAUUAACAGACCAAAAAUGUGUGUAUGAAAUGGCAAAAGAUAAAAAAGAGACAAAAUGAUCACCCACUUUGUGUUCAGUAUAUUACCAAAUUAUACCAAAAUAAAUGUUUUACUGUAACUCUCCUGAAAUAUCCUAGAAAUAAUCUGCAGAAAUUACAGUUUUAAUCUUAUUGAAUAGGUAAUAGUCAAAUAGAUCAACUGCGGACUGUGUUGAAUAUAUAAAGGUGUCAAAUUAUUGUUUUGGGUUUUUUCCCCCCCAGUUUCUAGGCCUGCUCUUGCUUGACCAAAUACUAAGUGAAUUGGUGGCAGCUCUUCUUCAGAUUCAGUCUGUUGAACACAAGGCGAAAGGAAGGCGAUUGUAACACUAAAGCUGUGACCUGUGUAUAACGGUUAUUCCCAGUUACAAUGCACGCCACCUGGGCUAAAUGUUGGACUGCCAUUUAAAAGUUUUGUUCAAGUUUGCUAAUUGUACAAACCAAAAGGCAGAUUUUUCUUUGCAGAUCGUUGCAUGUUUUUUUCCAAUAUUUUACAGACUGUCAUUAAAGGACGUUAAGGGCCAAUCAUUUUACAAUUUCCUUUAUUUAAAGUAGGUUUUGAAUACCAGCUUGUAAAUUUAAACAUGAGAUUUGUUAUUCCACCUCUCCUGGGUGGAAUUCCAAUUAGCGGUGAAGUAAACGGUUCCGUUUCAUAAGCGAUUUCAGCGAUUUUUCACAUCUCCAGCGGUCUGAUGGUAUCCUGAUGAACGCUACGGUUCAAACAGCAUCAAAAUCUGCAUCUGCAUCAAAAUGUGGCUAUGCAGAGCUUUUUUCCCCCAAAGCUAAAAUACACCUGGUUAUUGCUUUUUAAAGUCAGCUCCCACGAAUAGCACAGUCCUUCCAACUUUAAGAAGAUGCAAAUCGCAUUUUUGACGUAGCUUAGCUUCUUUUUUUUUCCCUGUGCAGCCAGUGGCACAUAGGAUUAACAUAUCAGCCACAGAUGAUGUCGAAUUUGGAUAUCCAUGUACAAAGUUCAUAUCAGCUCAGUAAAUGCUGCAAAACAAUAAGCCUGUUGUAUUUAUGACGAAUACAUUAUUUGAACCAAUACGUGAGGCGAACAUGCUUUGGAUUUCUAUAGCCUGAGAUGCUAACAGGUGACUAAAAUUCAUUCCAAUAUUUUUCCUUAAAGAUGGGACUGUGUUUUCUUUCUUUCUUUACAUUUUACUUGGUUGUAAAUAUGUAUUUUGGAUAUAUGUUGCAGUGUUUGUUUUUAAAUUGAUUAAUUUAUUUAAUGCCUAUAUAUUGUUGUUUUUACAUGUCUUGAUUUUGUUUUACUAACCGGAAACAUGUCAAGGGGUUGAGAACUAUGUAUACCUUGUAUUAUUGUUUUCUUCAUAUAUGAUUUGCUGUUUUCCGCUUUGGGUGAUGGUUUUUCAAAGGUUAAAAAAAAAAAGAAGAAAUAAGUGGUAUUCAUUUAUAUGUAUUUUCCAAUAUGUAACUUUAUGUUUAACUGUGUUGUAUUUUGAUGAGAUGUGUCGUGGUCACUGCUUGUGUAACAAUUUCUUAUUCAGAGAGUUUCCAAAUCAUGACAAAAAUAUGAGCGAUGUGGCAGAAGUUAUUACUUUGGUCAAUGGGAGCAUGUUAGCUCCAUAAUGUAAACCAUCCAAAGCUAACCGAGUGACAUUCCUUUAUAAGCAUGUUGAGCUGGAAAUUAGUAUAAUGGAUUUUAUUUUAAUUAAGCACAAAACUAAAUAUGUAGUUAGCUGAUUUUUUUUCUUGCUAACUACCUUGCUAACGAGGUUGUUGAUUGGGCAACAUCAGGUAAACCUUUCCUAAACUGAAAACAAAAAUUGCAAAUCGCUAACAAGGUUGUCAUUUCAUUAACUUUUUUUUCCCUCUUUCUUUAAAGAUUACUGGUUCAUUUAUUAACACAAUAUGCUGUUUUAGGGCUUUCAUUUGAUUUGCUGUGUUAUGUUAGCGACUAGUUAAUGGACGUGUGUUCGAUGUAAUAAAGAGGAGGUGGCUGAAAGAGUGCUGACAUGAGUAAUGCAAGUAGUUUGUAGAAGUUGUGGCAGAAACUAUAAGAGAUGUAAGCUGAGCAAAAUCUGAAGGUUCUGAACUUGGGAGGCAUCAGAGGAUGUUUGUCCACAGGCAGCACUGUGGAAACUGUGAAAACUGUUUUUGAAUGUGGAGCAUAAGUUGUGUUUAUGCAGGGAAUUAUGAAUAUGAGUUCUGCCAUUCCAGGAAACUAUGUUGUGCAACAAGACUUCCUAUAUCUUUUUGUUUAUGUUUUCUUUUUUUUUGGCCCAACUAUCACUGUAAACGAGUGCAGGUUGAAGCAUUGCUGCUUUUAACCACAUUUCACUUUACUUUCUUAAAAGCUGCACAGCUAAAGACAGGUGUUUUUAAUUAUUUAAUUUUAAGCAAGAUAAUUAAAGUUUUAAAGCAGUUUUUUCCAUCAUAUGUUGCAAUUUAGUGAGUUGCAGGCUGCUGGGCUGAACAGACUUGAAACGUGUUUCUGAUAAACAAUCUCGGUUUCCGAUACGCGUUUGUGGCUGAAUCGGAGAUUUUCUGAGGGGUGCGAGUGUGUGUUUUGCGAUAGACAUUAGAGGCUAUUUUGAAAUGAUGAUCUUUAAGUGCUUUUCUUAUUAACUUGACAGGUCAUGUGGACUCUUUCGGGAGGUUUUGUUUUAGGCUGGAAACAUUCUUGUUGGAAUUUAGGGCUUGAUGGCAAUCUUAAUAUUUUUGAAUUGUACGGCUGAGGCUUUUUGCGUACAGAACCAGUAUUACAGCAUUACUUAUGCAGAUUAUCAUUGUACUCCCGAAAACAGAAAG